AUGAAAUAAUCAUAAUAACCUUUAAAAAGCAUACCAAAUGUCAGAACCCAAUAUUAUUUAUCUUCUUCAUCUUCAGGCUCUCAAAAUCUUAUUAAAACAAAUAAAGGGAAAUCAACAUGUAUUGAUGAUUCUAACAAAAGUAAAAAAAUAAUCUUAUAUAUAAGCGAAGGAAAGUAAUUUUUAAUUAAAUGAGAAGAGUAAAUCUCAAAGUAUAGUAACAUAUAAGAAAAUAAAUGUUAGUCAAGACUAUCAAAAAUCUGAAGAUUCUUAAAUGUUGCCAUCUUUUAAGAAAGACAUGCUUUAAUCGAGAUAAUCUUAAUAAAUAGUUCAAAGAAAUAAGAAUUAAUAAAGAUCUGACUCUCCUUUAAUACCUAUUAAUAGUUUACCUUAAAUUGUGCCAUCUAAAAUUUCAACCAAAAAUAUUGGUAUUGUUUCUGCCUAUGCUGCUAAUACUCAUUAAGGAUUGAUAAGAACUUAUAAUGAAGAUAGAGUAUCAAUAAUACUUAACUUAAUGAAACCUGCCUCAAAUACAUUCGUUGGAUAAUGGCCACAAAGUUCUUUUUUUGCAAUUUAUGAUGGUCAUGGAGGAGCUGCAUGUGCUGACUAUAUGAAAGAUAAUUUACAUCAAUAUGUAUCUUCAUUAUUUAAUUAGAUUAUUAAAGAAGAUAGUUUUCCUUAAAAUCCAAGAUUAGCUAUUUAAAGAGGGAUAGAAAAAGCUGAAAAAACCUAUCUUUAAUUAGCUGAUUAAAAAGUACUGGACAAAUCUGGUUCAUGUGCUGUAAUAGCAUUGAUUGUUGAUAAAGCAAUUUAUAUUGCUAAUAUUGGAGAUUCUCGUGCAAUUAUUUCACAUCAAGGCAAAACAUCAUCUAUAACAGUUGAUCAUAAACCUUCAUAAGAAAAUGAAUAAUAAAGAAUUAAUAAACUUGGUGGAUAAAUUUAUUAAGCUUAAAUUUAGAUUUCAAGUGGAGAUAUUUAAUUAGGACCAUAUAGAGUUUUACCUGGUAGAUUAGCUGUUUCAAGAACUUUAGGAGAUGCUGAGGCAAAAUUACCAAAAUAUGGAGGAAUUUAAGGAGUAAUCUCUGCUUAACCUGAUAUUUUUCAAAUCUCUAUUACUGAUCAAGAUUUCUUGAUUUUAGCUUGUAAUUUUAAUUUUAGAUCAAGGUGAUGGCAUUUUUGAUAAAAUGAAUAGUGAAGAGGUUAUAUCAAGUGCUUGGACUGUUAUCUCGCAUGAUAUUCAUCAUUUUGCUGGAAAAGCUGUUGAAAAUAUUAUGAAACAAUCCAUGUCUAGAAAAACUGUAGAUAAUGUAACUGUUGUUUUCAUUGCCUUUCCAUAAUUAGAAAAAAAAUUCAAAAAAUAAAUUCAAUAAUGA